AAAAUUCCACCAGUCAGUCAUUUAUCAUCUUCAGCCGAGUGAGGUUCUUGAGAAAGCGAACAAGAAAUAAUUCUUUUGACAAGUGAAAACCGUCUUUAUGAUUUGGGCAGAUCGCCAACAGGGAAGUGAGUGCAGUCACCCGUUAAUUGUGUUGUAUGAACAAAAGAGUGUAUUCAGGUGAUCCCUAAACUUUUCCAUAAUUGAAAACGUGCCGGUUUGAAGCUGGAUCGUGCUUGCUAAUCUACAAAUGUGAACUAGAAUAACACAGAGUAGUAAAUUCUGAUUGAAAUUUGAACGAUAAAGGAUUGAGCUGAGCUUAAGCUGAUUACCGAACGACGUUUGGAGUACGAGAAAGUGUGCAAAUUUCUACCGACGCAGCUAUUGAUAAGAAAUAUUUUUUGGCGAUUGGUAGUGUUCUGUCGAUGUGAACCGUUGAAAAAUGAAUUUCUCAAACGGUACCGUAUUGUUUUAUACGAUGAUGUAUUUCACCAACCACAAGCAGAACGACAGCCUGAUGACACCGAGUGUCGUAUUUAAUGAAGAGUAUCGAGCCGACCCAACCAACAAGGUUUGCUACGGUGUGUACGGCUGUUUCGAAAUCACCGGGCCCUGGACAGGUGAGCGGCGCCCAAUUGCACUGUAUCCGGAGCCACCGGAAAAGAUAAAUGUGCGCUUCCCGGUGUUCAACAAACAGACACGCUCCAUUCCGAAGUUCAUCAAUCUGGACAACCCGGACGAGCUGCCCGACAUCGGCAUCAACCCGACCGGUCGAAUUUAUUUUGUGACGCAUGGUUUCCUGCAGUCCGGCAAGGCAAAAUGGGUCGAGCAGAUGAUCAACUCGCUGCUCGAUCAGGACGAGGAAGGAACGGCAACGUGUAUCGUGAUCGACUGGGGUGGUGGUUCGAGUCCCCCGUACAACCAAGCGAGUGCCAAUAUUCGUCUUGUUGGCGCAAUUACGGCGCAUGUGAUACACAUGAUCUUUGAUGUGCUAAAGCUCAAAAAUUUAGAUAACGUUCAUAUGAUCGGUCACUCGCUGGGGGCACAUCUUUCCGGAUACACCGGUUAUUUCUUGCAAAAAGACUUUAAACUGAUGCUCGGUCGCAUUACCGGUUUAGAUCCGGCAGAGUUGGCGUUUACGGAAACUGAUCCUAUUGUACGGUUGGACACCACGGACGCCAAAUUCGUGGAUGUGAUUCACAGUGACGCCACGCCAUUUGUGCCGAAAAUUGGUCUCGGAUUGUAUGAGCCAAUAGGGCAUUUGGAUUUUUACCCCAACGGGGGCUUCAAUCAACCGGGCUGUGAGCAGACUUUUUGGAAGCGCAAGGAUGGUUCAUUUAUUUCCAGCAUGUAUCAGUUCUUCAGCUGUAGUCACGUGCGAUCGGUAGAUUAUUUCAUCGAGAGCAUCCAGAGCAAGUGUCCCUUCACGGCGAUUACUUGUGAGAGUUAUGAGAAGUUCCUGGCUGGUGAUUGCUUGGAAUGUGAUCGGGACGGUCACAUGUGCUUCACCUUUGGGUUUAAAAGCUUCGGAAGUUACCGCAGGAUGAUGAAAACUAAUCAACUGAUUGGUAGUCGAGAUAUCCAGGCUUACUUGAUGACGAAGCCGUCGGAACCGUUCUGCAGAAUUCACUACAAGGUACAGAUCAAGGUUUCCGGCACCGAGGAAAGCGUCUUGCAUGGUGGUGAAAUUGGUCGCUUCCACUUGAACAUCUUUGGUAAUAGAGGCGAACGUUCAGAGAAGAUGGCUUUCUCCACCGAAUCAGAAUUGUAUGAACCGGGUAGAAACUACACUCGUGUUCUCCCAGGAGGCAGCGUCGGAAAGCCACGUAAACUGACUGUCAGCUGGGAAUAUAACACCAGUUUCCUGAAUCCCUUGACCUGGCGAAUCCUCAGCUCACCACGCGUCUACAUCGAGUACAUCAUCUUGCAGUCUCUGGAGCAUCAGAUGAAGAUUCGACUUUGUCCGAAUUACAACAUUCCGGUAACGAGCAACUCGGAUAGUCUUUUCACCGAGGAAAAAUGUAAAAAUUACCCAAAGCCCUUGGAGACCGUACUUCACUAAAAAGUCUAACUCCGAACCCUUCCGCCAGCAGUGUGUAUCAGUAAUCGCCGUAUCAAUGCAAACUUUCUUAUUUAUAUUAGACUAGACUAUGUUAGAAAAAUAUAUUACGC